AUGGACGACCCUGAAAAUCCCUACGCGGCCGCCGCUCGCCACCCCAAAGGCCCACACGACGCCAGACCUACUGCCCUCCAAAUUAUAAGAGAUGAGAACCUCACCGGCGCCCUUUCAGACCUCGUGAUCCUCAUCACGGGCUGCUCGAGCGGCAUCGGAGUUGAGACCGCCCGAGCCCUGGCAUCGACUGGGGCGACACUGUAUCUCACUGCCCGCAACCUAACCAAGGCCCGCGAAGCACUCGGCCCAGAGCUCGUCUGCAACCCCAAAGUGCACCUCCUCGUCCUCGAUCUUGACUCUCUUGACUCCGUUAGGUCCUGCGCGUCAACGUUUCUCAGCAAAUCCGACAAACUUAACAUCCUCAUAACCAACGCCGGAAUCCGUCAUGUGGUGUGGUCCAAAACACCAGACGGCUUUGAGCGACACUUCGGCGUCAACCACCUUUCGCACUUCCUUCUCACACAACUUCUAUUGCCCACACUGCAGGAAUCUUCCACGAUGGCUUUCCAAUCCCGUGUGGUCGCACUCAGCAGCACGGCACACCGUAAUGCGCCUGUAAACUUCGACGAUCUGAACCUCGAGAAACCGGGCGCGUACACCAAGCCAACAGGUUACGCACAGAGCAAGUUGGCCAAUGUAUACAUGGCAAGCGAAAUCACACGGCGCUACGGCCAGCCCAAGGCCGUCGCCCACAAACCUGGUGUCUGGGGCCUUGCGGUGCACCCCGGCGGCAUCCGCACAGGACUACAGCAAGGUGACAACGGCGGCGGGCUUCGCGAUCCCAUGACCUGGUACUACCUCCGGCAUCUCUGGCGGAUAUUAAACAUGUUCAAGACCCCCGAGCAAGGUGCCGCCACGACUGUGGUCGCCGCUGUCGCAAAACGCUUCGAAGGUCGUGGUGCAUUGUACCUCGAAGACUGUGGGCUUGCCGUACCGGUCCGCAAAGGCUGGGGCAUCAUUGAUCCCGGCUACCUGCCUGGACGCACAGACAAUGAGGCCGACGCAAAGAAGUGUUGGGAAGUUAGUUGUCGAUUAGUCGGGGUGAAGGACGACGAGGUGUGA